UGCUGCUUAAAAAAAAGAAAGAUUUCGGGAUCAUAAAGGAACUUUCUUGGUAAAUGUGGGGGGCUCCUGCAGAACCUGCUGAUUCUUAUUAUGAGGUCCGGCCUGAAUGCACAGAUGUGCCUGAAACCAAAUUUAAGAUCAGGCCUGGUAAAACUCUAAGUGUGAGGAAAUGGCAAGCUGCAUUUGCUCCAGAUGGGCAGCUGGAUAUCGGCAAAACUCUAGGUCGAAUCCAUCGUGGGGUAAGGAUCCGUCCAACGAUUAGAGGAGAAGUUUGGGAGUUCCUUCUAGGCUGCUUCGAUCCUCAGAGCACGUACGAAGAAAGGGAGCAGCUACUGCAGGAACGAAGGUCAGCGUAUGAGAAAUGGAAGAGUGUUUGUCACGAAAUUUUUCCUGUCGUCGGAAGUGGUCAAUUUAUUACAGCUCCGGUCAUAACCGAGGAUGGUCAGCCGAUUCAAGAACCUUUGGUGGAUCAAGAGGUCUCAGCUGGUACUACAACUACUAGUACAGAUAUGGUGAAUGACCUCCUCAGUAAAGGUCCUUUGAAUGAGAGAAUAAUCAACUGGCUGCUCCAAUUGCAUCAAAUAUGUCUCGAUGUUAAACGGACGGACAGGACUUUAGUGUUCUAUGAAAAGCAAGAGAAUUUGGCAGAACUUUGGGAUAUUCUAGUUGUUUAUGCCUGGAUAGAUAGGGACGGCAAGAAGGUGACAGGAAUGAGUGAUCUAGCCUCCCCCAUGAUAAUUCUUCUCGAGAACGAGGCAAAUGCAUUUUGGUGCUUCGAACGUAUGAUGUGCAGAUUGAGAGGGAACUUGAGAUGCACUGAAAGCUCUGUUGGGGUAGAGUCGCAACUUAGUCAUUUGGCUAUGGUAACUCAGGUUAUCGAUCCGAAACUUCAUCAGCACUUAGAGACACUUGGUGGAGGUGACUAUCUGUUUGCUGUUCGAAUGCUAAUGGUAUUGUUCCGUCGAGAGUUCUCGUUUUUUGAUUCGUUGUAUCUAUGGCAGAUGAUGUGGGCGCUGGAAUACGAUCCCGAUUUGUUCUAUUUGUACGAAGAACCAUCAUCAAGCAUGAAUGAAUCUAAGAUGAGAUCAAGAUCAAUGUGUGAUUACAUGAAGAUAAAAAGCGACGAAGCUCCCCUCCCCAUUUCUGUUUUCCUUGUUGCCAGUGUCUUGAAAGAAAAGAGCACCCAGCUACUCCACGAAGCUUGAGGCCUCGAUGACGUCGUUAAGAUUUUGAAUGACAUAACUGGAAGCUUGGAUGCCAAGAAAGCUUGUAAUGAGGCAGUCAAGCUCCAUAAGAAGUAUUUGAAAGAGGUAAAAGGCUAAUACACAUACACAUAUACAUUUAUGCU